GAGGGAAUUUCGAACAGAGAACAACUAGGCUACAACAGGACAUUGAUUGAACUGUGUGAACCACAGGCGAAUGCUGGACUGACGUGACUGGAUGUUGUUUUACCAACAGGCUUUCUCAUGCACAGCGUGAGCCAGGUGACGUCAUGACUGAUGUAAUAGAAGAUGCUCAAUGGGUCCUCCAGAGGGCCAUUGAGUACUUGACCACUGUGUUGGAAAAUCUGAGUGAAUGCAUCAGAAGAAACCAGCACAGAGAGAUCACUCGAAAGACACUGGUCAGGUGGCUGGCUGCUUUCUUGCCUGCCCCACGAGAUCCGAGGUUGCACCUGCAGCGCCAGCUCGGAGGACCUCGUGACGAGGUCCAGCUUGCCCGCUGGCCAAGCACCGGCAGUCUGAACUCAGUCCUUUCUUCCAGCAGCAUUCACCAGUGGCUGGAAGAGGACCUGGGGGAGAACUUUGUCCACUUCAGGCGUAUGAGCUCAGAGGGUGAGGAUGAUGUUGAGUUCGAGAGGAGCUCGACGACUGCUGUGCUUGGGGCGGUUGGGGGUCUGCUCACCUCCACACCCAACCACAACCUGUCCUCAACAUCGAGCUUAGCCUCCACCAACGAUGCCUCCAGCACCAGGAUGUCGGAGAUGGAGGAAGAAUUGGCUGCUCUUAGGCGUCAGAUUGCCCAGCUGGUCAUGGCACAGGAAACGUCCAGCUUGAACAAGACUGUCACAGGAGAGUCCCCCAGUGAUGUGUCCCAGGCAGCUGGUAUGCCCCUUCCCCAGUCCCCAUCCUCCCUGGAUGACUCUGGUUGUGAGAGUGAAUCUGUCCAGAGAGCUCAAUCCCCAGAGUUUCUGUGCCAAGGGGAGGUUCUGCCUGCCCCUCCCCCUCCUCCCGUGCCUCCUCCACCCCCACCACCUCCUCUCGCCCCACCACCUCCUCUAGCCCCACCUCUGGUACGGCAAUUGUCACAUCCUGGCACUCAGAGCUUUUCCGACAUGCUGCGAGAGAGAUCGUCCAGCCUGAGCUCUCUGACAGAGCAACCAGCUGAUCGUGCAGGGUCAGUGCCAGCCAUGGUGGAUGUGCUGCGGGACCUUGGGUCUGUGAAGCUGAAAGCUGUAGCGAGUGUGGUGGAGCAGUGUUUCAGAAGGCUCAGCGACGUCUGAGCAUGCUACAGGAGGACAAUGACAGUUGGACCCCGGUGGCCUCCCCGCUCAAGACGCUCAACAUUUGACCGCGUCCUGGUACAGCUGUGUGUCUGAAUGCUACACGAGUGUCUGCCUUUAUUUGUGUAUGUCUGGUCUGGCUUGAAAUGCGUUUGGCUGUAUGCAUAAUUUCAUUUGCCUUCUAGAGGUGUGUCUUGCCGAGUACCUGGAGUGGUCGGUCUCAGAUUCAGGUUCACUAGUAUGAAUUCUGCAUCACCAGUCCCUGUUUUUUAUGUGCAUCCUUUUUUUUCUUCUUUUAAUUCUCUGCCUGUAGAUGUGUUUGUUUCGCUGUGUGUCUUGCUGUGUCUGUUGCCUGACAGUUGAAGUGUAUUUGGCUAAGUACCUGGAGUAUAAAGUAUGUGCCUGAUUCUUAUUCACCGGUGUCAUAUCCUCACCACCAGUGCCUAUUUGCCAUGUUCUUUCUGUGUCUUGUGUAACUGUGUGCGUGUCUUUUGCCUAGAUGUGUGUCUGGCUGUAUGUGUGUUUCUUUUGCCUUGAGGUGUGUUUGGCUGUGUGUGUCUUUUGUCCAGAGGAUUGUCUUGCGGGGUGUUUGGAGUGGUCUGUCUCAGAUACUGGUUCACUAGUGUGAUCCCCAUGUCUCCCAUGCCUGUUUGUUGAUAUGUGGUUCCAGGGCCCUGUCUCAGUGUCUGCCUUGAUUGUGCAUCUUUGCUGGAAAUUUUUUAAGCUGGAGGUGCAUUUUUUGUUUUUUUUGUUUUUUUUGCUUGAAAGUGUCUAGCUGAGUGUAUUGAAUACAUUGUGGGCCUGAUUCUUGUCAACCAGUGUCAUCUCCUCGCCACUUGUGCCUGUUAAAAAUAUUCCAACCGCUGACUUAGGGGGGAAAAGAGGAUGUAAAGAGAGUGCUAGUGAUGUCACUUGCCUGUGUUCACUGAGGCUUUGAGGGUGACUUUCUCUGAUAUGAGUGAGUUAAUUUCUCGUACAAUAAAGUGUUCCCUCAUAUGGUCUGGACCCGCUGGCUCAGUGGGGGCUACCACUGGGGUCAGACCAAACACUCAAGUAUAUAUACAGUGGAGUCUGCUAAAACUAAAAUCUGUGAAACUGCCAUAUUUUCUUCCGAUUAGCCAUGUUUUUUUUAGCGAGAUUGUUCAAAUUGUGAUAUAUCACUUUUUGUAAGUUUUUAGUCAUCCACCUCUUUUUGUAACACAGCUAUUUGAGCAUCAUUAUCUUCUAUUUCACUUUCUAGAACCGCGUAAAACUUGAUGAUUUGCAUUUCUUGCGUGUUGCUUGUGAAGAUUUAGAUGACAUAGCCUUCAAAAUUAUUUUCGGUUUCGAAAUAAGAGAUUUCGGCUAUUCAAUAGUUUGCUUACAAAAGCAAAGAAAAAAAAACUGGGGGUUCUCUUUUCUUUCAGCGCUAACAGGGUUCUCGGAUUAAACAUUACUUUAAGCGGAUUCCACUGUAUAUUAUGCACUCAUGUGGCUUCACCUGCUUGAUCCUUUAACUUGACUUUGUCUCUUGUAAUAUAUAUAUUCAAUGUACAUUAUAUUAUAUAAAAAUGUGUCCAUAUAAGCCGAUAUUCUGAAAUAAACUGUAUUUAAUUGUA